GUUAAGCCCCACAUCACUGUCAACUCACGCUAUACGUCACGGUAAUUACACAUAGUCCGCGGUUGUUAUAUUCACCUGGUUUUCGUCACUCGGUGAAUUUAUACCCGAUUUACCCGGACUUUGUAUUUGAUUUUCAAUUUUAAAGUGCAAAAUGGAAUUUGGACGAAGCGUUUUCUUGGUAACAGUAGUUGCAUGCGUUGUUUUUCAAGAAGUUACCAGCUUAAUGUGUUACAGUUGUUCCAAUGCAGAAGAACCAAAGUGUGGGAAAACUUGGGAACUUUCUGAUAAAGAAGCGGAAAAAUACGUCGUUAACUGUACUGGGUACCAAGCUGCCUGUAAGAAAAUAGACACCACAGAUUCUAAUAAAGGACAGUUGCUGGUAACACGCUCGUGCUGGAGUGUAUCUAUUGGAACUGAUGUUGAAAUGAAUUCCAACUUUCUUGACUGCACGGAUAUCGCGAAUCUGGGAACUGCGUGCUAUUGUAAAGAAGCAGACGACAAACCUUGUAACGGAAAACAAGCGACGCUUACAUACAUUUCAUUAGUCAUGGCAGUAUUUUCAGUAUUUUGUAAUUUAAUUUUAUAGAAGUUAUUUUUAACUUAUAUGAUACCCAUUUGAAAACAAACUUAUAAAAAAUCUUUAAAUAACGUUUAAAUGACACUGUCAAAAU